AUGGCAGACGCAAUCCUAUCCUUUGUAGUAGAGAAUAUAGGCAAAUUGGCUAUUGAAGAAGGAAAGUUUCUGCAAGGCGUUAGCGACCAAGUCAGACUCCUUCGUCACGAUCUCAAACUGAUACAAUGGUUCUUAAGAAAUGCAGAUACGGAACGGACUACAAGGGACAGUAUACAACAGUGGGUUCCGGAGUUUAGAGCUGUCGCUUAUGAAGCUAGUGAUUUGGUUGAAGAUUAUGCUUUGAGGGUUUCAAUUUCAAGCAACGAAGGCUUUACAAGUACUCUAAAGAGGAUUGCUUGCAUCGCCACAGAAGGUUAUACCAUUCAUGAUUUGGGUUUAAAGAUUCAAAGUCUGAGAACUAGGAUCUCUAAUCUCACCAAAAAUUUUGGCCAGUUUGGGCAUGUAAUGACCAGAACGGAGGAAGCAGAGUCGAGAGCUCCAUUCAGGCGGCAACAGUUAAGGCACGCUUACUCCUCUGUGGCCGACGAGGAUGUGGUUGAACUGCCUAAUGAUGUUCAGGUGCUGGUUAAAUAUUUGCUGAAUGAGGCGGCAGAGCGCAAAAUAAGUGUGGCUUCGAUUUUCGGCAUGGGAGGCAUAGGCAAAACCACUCUUGCUAGAAAGAUAUAUCACCAUGAAAGAUUGAAGCAUUAUUUUGAAGGUUUUGCUUGGGUUUGUGUGUCACAACAAUGCCAACCAAACGAUCUCUUGCAAAGCAUUCUACUCAAGCUUAUUCCUGAACAAAGAAAUGUGAUUGUGACGAGCAAAGAAGAUGAGCAAAGGAGGCUGCUUCAACAGCACUUGCGAGCUAGGAGAUGUAUGAUAGUCCUCGACGACAUUUGGUCAAAAGAAGCUUGGGAUUGCCUAAAAGACGCAAUUCCAAUUUCGGAGCAUGGAUCCAAAAUUUUGUUCACAACUCGUAAUAGAGAUGUGGCAACACAUAUUGCUCCAUAUGGUUAUCACCAUCCACUGAGUGGUUUGACCAACGAAGAAAGUUGGGAGUUGCUACAAAAGAAAUCAUUGUGGGCGAGCAAUGGGGCAGAUGCGUCGUAG